AUGGCUAGGGGCAAGAUUGUGAUUAGGAGGAUUGAGAAGAUGAGCAGCAGGCAGGUCACCUUCUCCAAGCGGCGUCGUGGCCUGCUGAAGAAGGCACGUGAGCUGGCCAUCCUCUGCGAUGUCCAGGUCGGCGUCAUUGUCUUCUCCUCCACCGGUCGCCUCUACGAGUAUGCCAGCUCCACCACCAGCGCCUCCACGGGAAUGCCUUCCAUCAUCCAUAAGUACCAAUCUGCACAGGAGCACCAGCAGCUGCUGAAUCCAGUGUCACAAAUCAUGUUUUGGGAAGGGGAAGUACGGAAAUUACAGCAGGAAAUGCAGAUGCUUCAAGAACAUCAUCGGACUCUAAUGGGGGAGAGAUUAUCAAAUUUAGGAGUCAACGACUUGUGUUUAUUGGAAAAUCAACUGGAGAAGAGCUUACGUUGUAUCAGAGAGAAGAAGGUAGACAGCUCCCUUAGUCUGUACUUACUCUUGUUGAUCAUCGUACCUUCCACCAUAAUUAUGAUGCUAACAUUUUAAAAAAAGGAAUGAUAUGCUAACUCUGGGUCUCCUGAUAAAUGUCAUAGGAACAAAGUUUUGCCAACCAUAUUCUACAACUCCAUGAAACGGUUGGCCAAUAUUUCUAUCAUUAACAUGUGCAAUUUUACUUAGUUUCAGAUUACUGUGUUAUUUUUACAUCAAUAUAAUUUAAACAUUACUCCCAUACACGGUAAUUCUAUAAUGUCAACUUUUAGGGAUAUAUAUUCCAUCAACAGAAUAUUCAACUCUCCGAGGAAAUAAAGCUUAUCCAUGAACGGAACUUGGAACUAAAGAACAAGGUAACUGAGUGACUUGAUUUUGUAUUCAAAACAUUUUGGGGGGUUGAGAUUAAUGGUGCUCCAUGAUGUUGGUUUCAGCUUUAUGGUGCAACAUGUUAC